AUGAGUCCCGUUGAUUUGCGCAUUCUUGACAUUCGUCGUAGCAAAUUUGAGGAAUCCAUUCCCGAUCAAGUCACCGCUGGGCUGUCGAAGACCUGCAAAACCCUCCCAGCUCUUUUGUUCUACAGCAGUGAGGGGAUCAGACACUGGAUUCGACAUUCUACCGCCACGGACUUUUACCCACGACAUGAAGAACUGCGCAUACUCCGUGCCAGAGCGACGGAAAUGGCCGCAUCGAUUGCCAACAACAGUGUAGUGGUCGAUCUCGGAAGUGCGAGUUUGGACAAAGUUCUACCUUUGCUGGAAGCGUUAGAGGCAGCGAAGAAGAGCGUCACAUUCUACGCACUCGACCUGAACUUUUCAGAGCUGAAAUCUACCCUAGAGACUCUACCCAUAAAUAGUUUCAAGUGUGUAAAAUUCGGUGCACUACAUGGAACAUUUGAAGACGGAGUGCAGUGGUUGAAAGAUACCCCAGGCGUGCAGGACUUACCACACUGUCUCCUAUUAUUCGGGCUGACGGUGGGCAACUACUCGCGGCCCAACGCCGCCAAAUUUCUCCAGGAAAUUGCAUUGGGAGCGCUGGCCUCCAGCUCAGCUGAAAGCUCUAUCCUCCUAAGUCUGGACAGUUGCAAAUUUCCAACAAAAGUGCUGCGCGCCUAUACGGCCGACGGUGUGGUUCCAUUUGCGCUGGCGUCGCUUGAGUAUGGGAACACGCUAUUCGCUUCAGCUGGGGAGGACGAUCCAGUCUUCCAAGUUGAUGACUGGCAUUACCUCAGCGAAUGGAACUACGUUCUGGGGCGGCAUGAGGCGAGCCUCAUCCCCAAAGUGCGGGAUAUAAGGCUGGGCUUGCCUCUGCACCACAUCGUUGUGGAAAAGCACGAGAAGAUCAGGUUUGGGUGCAGCUACAAGUACGAUGCGAGCGAACGAGAAGAUCUGUUUGGGUUGGCUGGAUUGCAUAAAGUGGGCGAGUGGUCAUUUGAGGCGUGUGAUGUUGCGUUCUACCAACUCAGACUAUGUCCCAAUUGA